GUAACAGGUAAUAGCUGACAGGUAAAAGCUCAUAGCUAAUAUGACUCGCGCACUUAUCGUUAUUGGACUUUCGCUGCUGUUCACUAUGGCCCCAGCCAAUUAUAAUUUUAAUUCAAGCGAAAUACUACGACUGGGCUAUAAUCCCACCUAUGAUCUGUGGUACUUCAAUCCCAAAGGUAGACCAAGUGCAGUAAGUGAAUCAGUCAAAUCAGCCUACAGAAAACAAAAACCUGGCGGUGUUUGUUAUGUGGACCCAGACACAUGGUUUUUCUGUAAAACGUUUGAGCCGAUAAACUAAGAGUAUUUAGUAUUGUGUUCAGGCAUUACUCACGGCUGUUCAAUUGAGCUUAAAAUAUUAUUUCAUCCAUUAAAUAUACCUGCAAAUA